CUCCAACGAAGUUCGCCUAGUGAUGUCAGUGGCUGUCUUAUAUUGAUAGCAAUUAUUGUUGAGUUCUUAGCUACAAAGAUACUGUAACAUCAACUAACUACGUAUAUAAGACCUAACUAUUAUCUGCUAUAGUUUCCAAAUAAUAGACACAGAUUCCUCAGCACUUAGUCACACCUAAUCAUCUUCAUACUCAUCUUCAUACUCAUAAUCAUACGUCUAACACCUACCUCAUCUACAUCACAUCCUAUUCCGUCACAAUGGCAACCGAGGUUUUGAAGGCAACACCUACCUGCUGCGGCAAGAACGCUGGCGGCGAGUGUGUCUGUGCUAAGCAGGCUACCUGUUCCUGCGGUCAGAAAUCCGCCCUCGCAUGCACAUGCGAGAAGGCGUCGCUCGAGAAUAUCCUAAGCGGUGCCCGAUGCUCGUGUCGAGCUCGCCCUGCCGGUCAAUGUACCUGCGAGAAUGCGUCCAAGGAGAACGGUCCCGUUGCUGGUAGCACUUGCGCAUGUGGUGCUCGCCCCGCCAGCUCCUGUACUUGCGAACGCGCCACUUCGGAUUCAAACCCGAACGAAAUCGACUUUACCACGAAGAAAUAACUGGUCAUACGAGGCUGAAAAAUACCAUGGGGGGUCGGGUUUUAAGGCGGCGCUACUGAUUGCAAAUGAUAAUGGUUGUGGCGGCAUAUACUGCUAUGUAAAUGGCUUCGAUAGGAUUCUAACUAUAGGAUAUCGUCGCCGGAGUUUUGGAGUUAGGCCGCUGGUAGUUAAUAGGAAUAUACCUGAUCAUCUUUCGUGAUUUAAUCUCAGGCUUGCGAGAUCCACCUUGCCAUUUCUACAAGCAACUCUAUGAUGCGGGAUCGACGAUAGAAAUACUUUGAUUUGUGGAUAUAGGAGAAUACCUACAUACAUGUAUGUUGCGGAGGCUUGAAGUUAUGAUUGGACGUAGUUUCUGUGAUCAACUGUAAGGAAAGAAGCAUAAUGCCUUUGUAUGUAUGUCGGUUCGAACUGGAAUUAGGGAUGAGAGAUACGUAUAUCCAUAUAUUAUAUAUUUAGCUAAUUUUAGCAUAGAUCAAAAUGAUUGGCUCCUUUUUUGA